AUGCCUCUAUUAGACAGUUAUCACAUCAUGAUUGUCUCGAAAUAUUUCGAGACUAUUAAAGACUUUGUAAACUUGGAAUUUGUAUGCAAAAAGUACAAUGGCAAUAUGGAUAAGUUUCAUUAUAACCCAAUUCCUCUGACCAACAUAACAAUAAAAUAUUUCCCUCAAAUCGAGACACUUCAUAUAUGGAAUUUAGAAGAUGAAAAAUUUGGAAAUAAAUUACUUGUCUCUAAAAUAUCUAAUCCAGAUAUCAACAAAAAAGAAAAGGCUGUUGUGACAAAGAUGUUCUACCGAAUUGUUGUGUGGGUUAAUGUCGAUUAUACCACCUCUAAAAAUAAUUACAAACAAAACAUUAAGUUCGUAAAUGUAACAUAUACUUAUUCAAACAGAAAAAGAUUUGGUAAUGACAUUCCUAUUUGUAUCACAUCGAUUGAUAACGAAUGUUUUAUUAAUUGUGAUAAACUAAGUAGUAUAAAUAUACCAACAAAUGUCAGAUCAAUUGGAUAUAGUUGUUUUAAAAAUUGUCACAAUUUAAGUAAAAUAACAAUACCAUUAAAUGUAACAUCAUUUGGAGUUAGUUGUUUUGAUGAAUGUAUCAAUCUUAAAAAUAUAAAUAUACCAUCAAAUGUAAUAUCAAUUGGUGAUAAUUGUUUUUGUAAUUGUAACACUUUGAGUAGUAUAACAAUACCAUCGCUGGUUACUGUGAUUUCUAAUUACUGUUUUUAUCAAUGCAGCAAUUUAAAAAAUAUUGUAUUCCCAUCAAGUGUAAAAUCAAUUGGUUAUUGUUGUUUUUGUGGAUGUACGAGUUUAAAAACUGUGGACGUACCAUCAAGUGUCACUGAAAUUGGAGAUGAAUGUUUUAAAAAUUGUGUAAAUCUGAGUUCUGUGAUUGUUUCACAAAGCAUUAAACUAAUUAAUCAAAACUGUUUCUUUGGAUGUAAAAAUUUAGAAUGUGUUAAUAUUCCUUUGGGUGUCACAAAAAUUAAGAAUUUUAGUUUUAAUGGUUGUAGUCGUCUAAGCUCUUUAAAUAUACCAAUAACCGUUUUAUCAAUCGGUGAUGGCUGUUUUAGUAAAUGUAUUAAUCUGGUUCAAAUAACAAUCCCAUCAUCUGUUAUUUUAAUUGGCCAAAAUUGUUUCAGUAAUUGUGAUAAAUUGAGUAGUGUAAACAUUUCAUCAAGUAUUACAACAAUUAAAGACGGCUGUUUCAGUGAAUGUUUUAAUCUAAAAAGUGUUACAAUACAACAAAACGUUGUUUCAAUUGGUAAUUAUAGUUUCAGUGGAUGUUGUAAAUUAAGCAAUAUAAUAGUACCAUUCAAAGUAGAAUCAAUUGGUGAUUAUUGUUUCAGUAGAUGUAGCAGUUUGAGUAGUGUUAUAAUAUCAUCAAGUGUGAAAUCAAUUGGUUAUUGUUGUUUUUCUGGGUGUAUUAGUCUAAGUAGUGUUACAAUGCCAUCAAAUGUUACAAAAAUCGGCGAAUGUUGUUUUCCAUCUGACACCAUAGUUUAUACAACAGAGUAA